AUGUCUUUCGUCCAGCGCCGCAUGUUCUCCGCCUCGGCGAGAAGCCUCUCCAAGGUCACCGUCCUCGGUGCCGCCGGUGGUAUUGGCCAGCCCCUCUCCCUGCUCAUGAAGCUCAACCCCAGAGUCACUGAGCUCGCUCUCUACGAUAUCCGUGGAGGCCCUGGUAAGCUCAUCAUCUCCAUCUCCAUCUCCCUCCCCUCCGUCUUGCGGAACAGCCAAUUGACCCGUCACCCAGGUGUCGCCGCCGACAUCUCCCACGUCAACACAAAGUCCGUCGUCAAGGGCUACGACCCCACCGCCACCGGCCUCGCCAGCGCCCUCAAGGGCGCCGAGGUGGUCCUCAUCCCCGCCGGCGUCCCCCGCAAGCCCGGCAUGACCCGCGACGACCUCUUCAACACAAACGCCUCCAUCGUCCGCGACCUCGCCAAGGCCUGCGCCGAGUCCUGCCCCGACGCAAACAUCCUCGUCAUCUCCAACCCCGUCAACUCCACCGUCCCCAUCGUCUCCGAGGUCUUCAAGGCCCGCGGCGUCUACAACCCCAAGCGCCUCUUCGGCGUCACCACCCUCGACGUCGUCCGCGCCUCCCGCUUCGUCUCCGAGAUCAAGUCCACCGACCCCAAGGACGAGAACAUCACCGUCGUCGGCGGCCACUCGGGCGUCACCAUCGUCCCCCUCUUCUCCCAGUCCAACCACCCCGACCUCUCCUCCAACGCCGAGCUCGUCAACCGCGUCCAGUUCGGCGGUGACGAGGUCGUCAAGGCCAAGGACGGCGCUGGCUCCGCCACCCUCUCCAUGGCCUUCGCCGGUGCCCGCAUGGCCGAGUCCCUCCUCCGCGCCUCCCAGGGCGAGAAGGGUAUCGUCGAGCCCACCUUUGUCGACUCCCCCCUCUACAAGGACCAGGGCAUCGACUUCUUCUCCUCAAAGGUCGAGCUCGGCCCCAACGGUGUCGAGAAGAUCCUUCCCCUCGGCAAGGUUGACGCCGCCGAGGAGAAGCUCCUCGAGGCCUGCUUCGCCGACCUCAAGAAGAACAUUGCCAAGGGUGUUGCCUUUGUCGCCUCCAACCCCCCCAAAUAA